ACCACACUUCCGGUUGUUUACAUGCAUGCUGUGGAAACAUAUUUCAUAAUAUUUGAGCUAAUUCAAUGUGUGAAAGGUUGACGAUGUAUGUAGGGUGAUACAACAACAAUGGGAAAGGAUAAAAACAUUCUGUACCUGGGGAACCUGCGUCGGGACCUGCCUCUGAUAGAACUGAAAAACAACCUGUUGGAGCUCUUUUGUAACUAUAUUGGUGUUGUUGUGGACUGGAAUGAUAUUGAUAUUAAGAAGGGCAAGCAGGCCUGGUUCGCAUUUGUAGAUCUGCACGAUGAGGGCGAGGCUUCAGAAACCCUGGAGGAGCUUGCCUCCUGGGAAAACCGUCGUAAUCUUCGUUAUAACUUCACUUACAUAGUACAGCCAUACGAGUCGCUAACUGUUGAUUAUAAAAAAGUGAAGAAGCCAAGGAAAAGUAAGAAGCCUAAAGCAGACGAACAUGGGGAUGAGCAUUCCUUAUCUGGUUCUAGGAACAAUAACGCAGUGGGAAAAGACAACAAAGAUACCAAAUCACAACCUACUGUCAAACAGACUGGAGAGACAAUUUCAACCAAUGAUAAAAAGGCUAAACAGACUGAAAAGGAAGGAGAAAAGACGAAUCCUCCAAAACAUUUAAAACCAAAGACUGCAACAAGCAGUACAGAGGGGCAGGAAACAGCAAGAGCCGGUGUAGCAAACUUGAGUCUAAGUGAGAAUCACUGCUCAACCUCAACAUCCAUGACUGGGUGUCCGGUCAAGGCGUCACCUACCGCUACCUCGACCACAGGUCUUGUACAGCCGACCGGUCGACACUACACCUUUGAUCAGUAUUUAGGCACAGAGACACGAAGUAGAGAGUAUAAACUAGGCUCUGGUAACUAUAUAAAGAAGCAACUGAACAAGGAUGUUGGAAAAUAUGUGUGUGGUUUCCUCAAUAGCAGAGAGGCUGGUACUUUGAUGAUUGGGGUCAGUGACACAGGUCACGUAAAAGGUGUGGAGUGUAGCCAACCACAGGAGGACAAGGCCAGACUCGACAUUGACAUGGCUAUUAAAACUAUAAACCCUGCCAUCUUUCCAAAUAUGUACACAGUCGAGUUUGUUCCAGUCCUCGCCAAUGCUUUACCAUCUGAGCCGCCCCUGUUUGUGUUGGAGGUGAGCAUGAAGGACCUUGAGGACACAGAUGUACUGUAUGCCACCUGUGGAGAUGUCUAUGUCCGGCGUGAUGGCAGCGUUCAGGGGCCCCUUAAGGGAGCUGAAAUCCAGGAGUGGACCCGACAGGUUAGUCUGCCAUCUCAAAUAUUUUUACAAUCUAGUCAGUAUCUUUACUGAAAAUUUUUUCUUUCAUAAUGUUCUUACAAUCUGCAAAUUUAUUGAUUUUGAAAUUAAUAUGGAUGAAAUUUCUUAAGACCUAUUCUGUAGCAAUGCUUAAGAUGAAAUUAAGGAAAGAUUCCAAAUUUUGAAAGCCUAUAGGGAACAACCAACCAAUUGAAAAAAUAGAUUUUUGAAACAGCCCCUGUGUAUAGAAAGUUGAGCCAAGGAUAAAAUAUCUGACAGCCACUGAUUGGCCAGUAUGUUAUGAAGCGAGAAAAUAGAUAUGUAGCCUGAUAGGUAGCUAUCAAUAAGAAAUGUUGAUAUUAAUUUCGUAAUUCCGAUUGAUUUUUAACCCAAAAGU